GAACAAAAUGGCACUGAAAAGAAUUAAUAAAGAAUUUCACGACUUAAGACUUGACCCACCGCCAUCUUGUAGUGCUGGCCCUAUCGGAAAUGAUCUUUUUCAUUGGGAAGGGACAAUCAUGGGUCCUUCUGACUCACCAUACUCAGGAGGCGUUUUUUUCGUUGUUAUUCAUUUUCCUAUUGAAUAUCCGUUUAAGCCACCAAAGGUUACCUUUACAACAAGAGUAUAUCAUCCGAAUAUCAACAGUAAUGGAAUUAUAAGCCUGGAUAUUCUAACUGACCAAUGGUGUCCAGCACUUACAAUUUCAAAAGUACUAUUGUCAAUUUGUGCGUUGUUAACCGAUCCAAACCCAGAUGAUCCACUUGUACCUGAAAUUGCUCAUGUAUAUAAAACUAAUCGCACUCGUUAUGAAGCUACUUGCAGAGAAUGGACUCGCAAAUAUGCUAUUAAAAAUUUACAAACACUCGAUUAA